AGAGAGAGAGGAGGGACUGCUUUUGGGUUAAAUCGGUUCAUUUGUUUGAGGGAAAGUCACAUACACGCGCUGAAAACUUGUUGCGCGUCACUGUUUUCCACGCGUGUGUUUGUAUCAGUGUGUGUUUGUGUAUCAGGGUGUGUGUUUGUUAUUUAAGAUCUGUGUGAAGUGAAGCGCGUGUGCAGGAUCUCAGUGAAAGUUUUUGAGACGUGUUUGUGUGUGUAUGACAGUGUGUGAGAGAACCUGAUGGAGACACAAUGGAGAAAUGUUGUAGGUGCUCCGCGUGGCUCCUGUGCAGGAUGAAGCUCGUGCGUGUGAUGUUGUGAUGAGUUUAGUCUUCAGUAGAGAUGAUGAUGAUGAUGAUGAUGAUGCUACACUGGAGCGCACUUCUUCAAACCUGCUUCAUUGUGAUGUUACGAGCUAAAGAGUUCAGAGACUCAACCAACUGUGAUCUCAAUAGAAAACAAAGUGAGCUCAACUCUUUCCUGUGGACUAUAAAACGAGACCCCCCCUCUUAUUUUUAUGGCACUAUUCAUGUCCCGUACACCCGCGUGUGGGACCACAUCCCAGAGAACUCCAAAAAGGCGUUUCAGGAGAGCAACAUCGUGUACUUUGAGCUGGACCUGACGGACCCGUACACCAUAUCGGCACUGACCAGCUGUCAGCUGCUGCCGCAGGGGGAAAAUCUGCAAGACCUGCUGCCCAGAGACAUUUACCGUCGUCUUAAGAGACACCUGGACUACGUCAAGUUGAUGAUGCAGUCCUGGAUCACACCGGACCAGAGAGGCAAAGGCCUGUACGCAGACUAUCUGUUCAACGCUAUAGCGGGAAACUGGGAGCGCAAGAGGCCGGUGUGGGUGAUGCUGAUGGUGAACUCUCUGACCGAGGCCGACAUUAAGACUCGUGGAGUUCCCGUGCUGGACCUUUAUCUCGCUCAGGAAGCAGAGAGGAUGAAAAAGAAAACCGGAGCUGUGGAGAAGGUUGAGGAACAGUGUCAUCCGCUGAACGGCCUGAACUUCUCUCAGGUGAUAUUCGCACUGAAUCAGACACUACUACAACAGGAAAGUCUUCGAGCUGGAAGUUUACAGUUACCGUACACGACCGAAGACCUGAUCAAGCACUACAACUGUGGAGAUCUGAACUCUAUUGUGUUUAACCGCGACACAUCACAGGUUCCAAACUUCAACAAUGUUACUCUGCCAGCCAGUGAGCAGUUGACGGCUCAGGAGAUCGACAGUUACUUCAGACACGAGCUCAUCUAUAAACGUAAUGAGAGGAUGGGGAGACGUGUGAAAGCCCUGCUAGAGGAACAUCCAGACAAGAGCUUCUUCUUUGCAUUUGGAGCAGGUCAUUUUCUGGGGAACAACACGGUGAUCGAUGUUCUUCGCAGUCAAGGUUAUGAGGUUGAGCACACACCUGCAGGACUGCCACUCCACAGAAGGUCGAGCUGGCGAUCUGAAGAUCUCACAGAAGAAGAGUUGAACCUGGAGCCGUUCUUCCACGAGACCCAAGAUGAGCCGACUCAAGACUCCGUCCCGCACCUCCUGAUUCCAGACAGUCUGGAGUUACUGGAGAAAGUGGAACGCAAGCUGAAGAAGAAACGACGUAACAAACAGAAGAAAGUCCACAAUCAUCGGCAGUUCAAUGACCUCUGGGUGCGCAUGGAGGACAGCACGACGGCUGAGACUCCGCCCCCUCUCCUUCGCAUCAUCAACGGUUACAUCACAGUCAAGACACACCCACAAGGUCACAGCAGACCCAAUCACAACAGGACGUUUUCAGGCUCCGCCUCCUCAUGGACAAGCACUGCUUUAGUUUUAUCUGUUCAGAUGAUCAGAUUUCUUUUUUUAUACUUCACCUCUGAUGAACUCUGAUGGGCUUUGGUCACAUGAUCAGCAGCAUCUUUUUCAUGUUUUCAUGUAAAUAUCAGAUGUAUCAUACAUGUCAUUUAGAGUUUUUCUCUUUACUUUUAUAUAUAUAUAUAUAAAUAUUUAAGAGCCAUUAUAUUUUUGUGACAAAAUCAGGUACUAACCAGUGUUCAAUACUUUGGGUCUCGUGUAUAAAGAAAUGUGUUUUGCCUUUUCAGUAAAAGUUCUUUUCUUAAACUUUAUGAUUUGUUGAAUGUGUAAAGAGUGAAUGAUAUAGAGAUUAUUCAUUUAAUUUAUUGAAUAGAUUGAGUUUUAGUUUGUCUAAAUGUGUUUGUCAUUGUUUUGGCAGAGCAUUAUGGCACAUUAUGUUUAAUGGUAUUAUGUUUGUGUCGUGAUGUUACAGUUCUUUAUAUUUGGCUAUGCUGUCAGAAACAAUAAAUUAUUUAUCUGUC